AUGGGGCUCAGAACACAGAGGUCAGCGCCAGCCCUGCAGGCACCUGCUCUGCUGCAAUCCCAUGCUGCUGGGGCUCAGCUGGGGGCAUUUGCGUCGCCAGGCCAGUGGAGCAAUGCCGGCUCGCCUGCGGGCCAGCUAAGCUUCAGCACCCCGGCAGCACAGAGCAGCGGCAGGGGUGUGAGAGAAAAUGAUGAAAACGAUGCAGCGGCCCGGUACGCUGAGGAGGGCGCUCUGUCGCGCCCAACAAAGCGAGCUCGCUUAGGGCCGCAGCCAGGAAUGAGUGGCGGCAUUGGAGCCUCGCAGCAGGACGCGGGUGAUCAACAUCCAGCGCCGGACGACCGCUCUCCAGCCAGCACGUCAGCGCACCAGCGGACCUCCUUUGCAUUCCCGGACGGCGGCGGCCUCAGCCGCGCUCUGGAACAGCUCACCCCUGCAAUGCCGGCUCGGGCGUCCGGCGGUGGCCACGCGCCCGGCAUGCAGCCCCCGGAGCGCGUCGGCCGAAGCCGGGACGUCGUGCCUGACAGCGAGGAGGAGGCAACGCCGCCUGACCAUGAGCCAAGGCUCCCACAGCAUGGAGCAGAAUCUUGUCUUGAACACCGCCGGGAACCACCCCUCUCCCAAGCAGCUGGGGAAGAUGGCAGCAAAGUGCAGCAGGAACAGCAUAACGGAAGCGGAGAAGGGCAGGAUGCAUGCGGGACAGGGGCGCCUCAGCCUGCGCUGGAGUGUACGCCUCGGGAGACCCGACCCGCCGCCAGCCCUGCGCAAGGAGACCUGCCAGGCAGUGCAGACAGGGAACGCCUCCUCGCGCUGGCGGCUGCGGCCGGCCCGGCGGCCGCGGCCGCGCUGAUGGAGAGCCAGAGGGGCUCCAACUCGCCCAACAAGCGCAAGCUCCCGCUGCCGCGCCGGCCGCCGGACGGCUGCGGCGACGGCUGCGCCAGCGCCGCCGGCAGCCCGGCCUCCCAGGCCCUCUCGGCCCACAGCAGGGGCAGCUCUGGCAACCGCGACUGCAGCUUUAUAAUGGGUUGUCAAAGGGCCGGCGGCCCCUCGCAACCGUCCCCGCUUUGCCCCACCCGCCUCAACCGCGACCGGCCAGCCGAUCUCGGCUCCCAACCCGACGCCCCGGCCGCCGCUUACUCGCAGCCGCAAUCGCAGGCACCGGACGACGGCUGUGCCGAUGCCGGCCCGCGCGCAUGUGACGGCUCCGGUGCAGGACCAAGCCUGCCGGGAGGGGACGAGAGAGCGGGCGAGGCUAGGGUGGAGGACCGAGUGCGGCUGCAGUGGCUCAGGGCCGUCAGGGCACUGCACAGGAUUGCACGUCAGCGGCAGGCGCUCGCGAUCCCUGACGGCCAGACUUGGAGCUCCAGUGUCCAUGUCCCCAUCGGUGGAGACAGCUCGGCCGACGCAUCGCACCGGCAGCGGUCUGCAGGCGUUCCUGGCCACAGCAGCAGCGGAGCCAAAGAACCCAGCGCUCCCCAUGGCAGUGAUGGCAUGGCAGAGAGGGUGCCAGGCGGAUCCUGGAAUGGGGGAGCAGCCGCUGGGGAGGGCGACAGGUCAGCAUGCCACCUGGCAGCAGAUGAAGGCCGGGAUGGCCAGAGCAACAAGCGGCGGCGCGUCGGCGGGGGCCAGGAAGCUCUUAGCAGUCAGGGGGAGGAAUGCGCUGGGCAAGGAGCUUCAAGGCAGCAGGUUGCAGGGGACCAGCCUGAGGCGCAUGGAGGGGACAGAGAGGCCGGUGCAGAUGGACAGAGCAGUCCCAUCACACGCGAGGGAGACAGUGACGUGGACAUCGGUGGCCCAGAGGACUUGCUGGGUCAGCCGCAUGACGGCUGCAGCCUUGCGUGCGGCCAUCCGUUGACGCAGUAUCCGCCGAGGGAUGCAUGCAGCCAAGGGCGUGGUCUGAGCCAGGCAGCUGAGACGCAGAUGUGCCACAUGCACAGCUCCGAGGAGCAGGACCCGCUGUGUGGCCAGCCACUGCCGCCCCCACACCUGUCUCUGGAGGAGUUUGGCCGCACUCCAGGAGCGCUGCUGCUGAGGACGCCGGCAGAGCGGUCCCCCUGGGCGACCCCUCACUUCUCCCACCCCAACACCACCGACAGAUGCGCGCCGGGGGAUCCCCACCACAGCUCUGACAUCCCUGUCUCUGCGGCACCCGCAUCAGGCCCCCCGGCUGCAAGUUUGGGAGGCCAGAAUGCCACAAUGAGGGUGCUGUCCCUGGAUGAUAGGCCCAGCCCAGGCUGGACUCCAGGUCUCAUGUGCAGCGGCAUUGGAUUCCAGCAGGCAACGGCGGAUGCCGGUGGCACAGCGCCGGAUGCGCUGCACCGCCUGGCGCGCCGGGCACCUCUAACAGAAGUACUAGGUGGGCCUUCAGCACAGCAGGGCAGCUGUCAGGCACCGCUCAUGACACAGUCCGGGGUGCUGACCCCCAUAGGGCCGUGCAAUAGCCAGGAGCAGCAGCUGCCAGACCUUGGCAUUCAAGGGCUGCAAAAUCAGGCGAUGCUGGAUCCGCACCAUAACUUUGAAACCUGUCACAGCCUGGAUGGACUGUUGUAUGGUGGCUCUCAAAACAGCGACCGGGCGCUUCCGCUGUCUGGACAGCCGCUGCCAUCGCCGCCAAAUUGA